AUGGCAGCUCUCCAUACUCAGGAGGCCAUCGAGCUCUCCCGCCAGCCAAACAUUCAACCAGAUACCCAGCCAGAUACUGAGUUGGAGAGACAACCAGAGAUAGAAACAGAGGCAAAGAAACAGACGCCGGUAGCCAAACUACUUGCAGCAGCUUUCUGCUUCCUCGUCGCCGGCGUCAACGAUGGCAGCUUGGGUGCCCUGGUCCCCUACUUACUACGCUCCUACGGCCUCACUCCAUCCUCCGUCGGCCUCAUCUGGGGCCUCUCGUUCAUCGGCUGGCUCAUCGCUGCGCUGACGGGCAGCUGGAUACGCUCAUCUACAGGCCUGGGGGGCGCCUUAAUCGCUGGAGCUGCUGCACAGCUUCUUGCGCAUGGCUUGAGGUUCUGGACACCACCUUUCGUGCUGUUUGCCAUCACCUUUAUCUUCGCGGCCGUGGGCCAGGGAUAUCAGGAUGCGCAGGCGAACGUCUUCGUUUCCAGCCUGGAGGGCGCCCAUAGAUGGCUGGGCGUGAUUCAUGCAAGCUACAGUGCAGGUUGCCUAGUCGGGCCUCUGCUGGCCUCGUUGAUUGCGACGCAUACCAGUCAAUGGAGGUUCUUCUAUCUCGUACCCGGUGGGCUCGGGGUGGUGAAUUUGGCCCUGGCCUGGUGGGCGUUUCGCGAGGACAUCUCCAUCUCAAUAUCAUGGAGGACGACUCCGGCGUCAGAAGGCAGAGAAGGCAAGGCAUGGACGGAGAUGAAGCUCACCCUGCAGUGCAAAGUGGUCUGGCUUCUCAGCUUGUUCUACUUCUUCUAUCUCGGUGUCGCUGUUACGGUUGGUGGUAAGCCCCCUUCUACGCCCUUCAAGCUGCAUCAACCUUGGAUUAACCAUGUCUAUACAGGCUGGCUGGUCGAAUAUCUCGUGCAAGAGCGCAGGGGACAGCUCUCACGCGUCGGCUAUGUCCCGACGGGCUACUUUGGGGGCAUCAUGCUCGGCCGGCUGCUCCUCGCUGAACCUGCCCAUCGGCUGGGCGAGAAGCCUGUGAUACUGGUCUGCUGCCUGUGCUGCCUCGCUCUGCAGGUAGUUUUCUGGCAGGUCAACAGCAUCAUUGCCGACGGUGUGGUGGUUAGCGUGUUUGGCUUCUUAUCCGGUCCCUUUUUCGCGACGGGAAUGUCUGUUGCAUCCAAGCUGAUACCGACCAAACUCCACACGGCGGCACUUGGGCUCAUCUUCGUCGUCGCGCAGGCCGGAGGGACGGUGUUCCCAGCUGCCACCGGGGCCAUCGCCUCAAAAGCAGGCGUCGGUGUCCUGCAACCGCUGCUCGUCGGCCUAAUCGUGCUCAUGGGACUGAGCUGGGUCCUGAUACCGAGUGUCGACAGGAAGCGAGACUAG